GUCUCUGCACGGCCCUGUCUGCAGCCACACUGACUGUCACUCCCAACCGAUCCCAGUUCUUCCAGUACAAUGAAAUUGUUCUUGCCUGUGUGAGGAACUCCAGCGGCUGGACAGUGAUGAGGCAGAUUAUGAACCGGCCUCCUCAGAAAUGUCAUAGAGGCUGGGGAUUCCCUGGAAAUACAUCCUGCAAUAUGGAGAAUCUCAUUCCAAUAGACACCGGCGAAUACUGGUGUGAAUCUGAACAAGGAGAACGAAGCAACAAAGUCAAUCUCACUGUUACUGAUAAAACUGUGAUCCUUGAGAGUCCUUCAUAUCCUGUCUUUGAGGGACAAAAUGUGACACUUGGUUGUUCCUACAAAGAACCAUAUGGCAAAUCCACGUCAGACUUUGAAGCUGAGUUUUACAGAGAUGAUGUCUUCAUUGGGAGAGAGAAACCAGGGAAAAUGAUCAUAGAAGCAGAGGAAGGUUUCUACAAGUGUCUCCAUCCUUUUAAAGGAGAGUCACUGAAGAGCUGGCUGGCAGUGAGAGCUAGAGUUCCCCAAGCAGAAGUUUCUCCUUCUCCUCCUCCUCCUCCUGGUCCCGAUGUUCCUUGGAUCAGAGUGAUUAGUUUCAUUCUGCUCUUCAUCCUCUACACCAUCAUACUAAUCUUGUGUGUUUACACAUACCGUAAAUGGGCUCGAGCCAAGACUGAUAUGAAAAGGAGAAUUGAUGAUCACGUUUUGUUGAACUGAAGACAAAGAAGACAAAAUAUUGAUCAUCUGUUUAUUGAAGCAAAAUGAAAAAUAAGACGAAUGAUAUUAAAAAUACAGAGAAAUGUGAUUUAUUCUCCCAGUCAAAACAGAGUAUUAAAGUAUUUUCAUCUGAUUUUAUAGACUAUAUGAAGUUCAGAUAAAAUAUAUUUUGCACUUUUUAUAGUCUGAUACAUAAGUAUUUUAGUAACAUAUGCAAAUGGUUAUAUUGUGGACAAGUCAGCCACUAUGAGCUGAGAGGAAAUAAAAACAUAUAUCAGACAUUUUCCAAGGUUUCUAUUUAUUCAGCAGCACUGACUUUUGAAUGGGAAUCUCUAAACUGCCUUUAUGUUAUUUGCAGAUGUUGGUGUUUCAGCUUAAUGCAGCUUCCAGAUUAGCUACACGAAUAUUUCAAACAAACAUGUUCAAACUGAUUUGAUUAACAACAAAAUAUCUAUAAUCAUUAUUACAUCUGUUAAAAUCAUGUGUGUAGCAAUCAGUUAUUUUUCUUUUGAACCUAUGUACAACUGUAGAAUAAGCUUAAGGUUGAUUUUGUAUUUUUAAGAGUAACACUCUUUACUCCUUUUUAAUAGUCGGCUGCUUAUGCAGUAACUGAUGUAACAAACUGAUAGAAGCUGUUAAAUGACCAGUGAACUACUGGCUUUGACAGAGCAGCUGCUUAAUUUGCUUUUGCCUUGGGCCGGCUCAACAUCCUUUUGCUCUUAUAUCAUUACUGUAUUAGGAGAUUGUUUAGUAAUUUGUUUUAUUUGCUUAACUAAAAUGUAAAAAUAA